AUGUCCUCCAAGGACAGGGACGUCUGGUGCGACAAGCGCACCUGGGUCCGGCCCAGCCCCUUCGAGCACGCCUUGCCCUACUGCCCCGACGGCCUCAAGCUGGUGGAACUCGACUACAACGUCCAGCAGCAGCCGCAGCGCCGAAAUCAGAGCCAGAACCAAGGUCAGUACGAAGAGCCGCCGCCGCAAACCGGUGAUGACAGCGAACCUGAUGGCGAGACGCCGGGGGUGCUGGUGACUGUUGCUAGGUACGUAAGCGGCUUUCUAGGGGACUACGCGCCGUCGUUCUUGGGACGUGGUCCUAUCCGCCCCGAUGGCCCGUCUCGCAAUCGUUCUCGAUGA